UUUCUUUGGGAAUUCCUUCAAAAAGCCUACAGAAAUACAUAGCUAAAACAUACUGUUAACACUUUCCUAAGAUGUUGCUGAAAUGGACAUUUCUUUUAGGUCUCUUUCUGCCAUCAUGCAGUGGAUGUGCCAGUGGAUAUACAUUUGUUAAAAGGAAAUGUGUUGAUAUAGAUGAGUGUGUGACAAAUCCGGGUCUGUGUGGUGAUCACGCUCAGUGUUUCAAUACACCUGGAAGUUACUACUGCAACUGUAAUGAAGGAUUUCGAUCAGAAACAGCCAAUUUCACAGCAACAUCGGGGGAGUGUAGGGAUAUCAAUGAGUGUAUUGAGAAAACACGUGAAUGCAUAGGUGAUAUGAAGUGUGUGAACACCAUCGGCUCCUUCGUGUGCGUCUGUCCACCUGGAUUUCAUGAACCAACAACAGGCCCAGGAUGUGAAGAUGUGGAUGAGUGUGUGUCCUCAGUGUGUGAAGUUCACAGCAAUUGCACUAACACACUUGGCAGCUUCCACUGCAUCUGUACCCCAGGGUUUCUCAAACAUGAGAACGGCUCCUGUACAGACAAAGAUGAAUGUAAAGAUGUUCCAGAUGUUUGUGGCACAAACGCCAACUGCUCCAAUCAUCAGGGCAGCUACAGCUGUAAAUGCCACGAGGGUUACAGUAACUAUGGCAAUAGCCAAUCAAAAUGCACUGAGAUGAGCUGCGACCACUUUGAGUCUGACACAGAGGACACGCCUGUAAAGUUGAAGACUUUACUGGCGCUGUUGAGGAGCAGCUGUGAGUCUCUGCGUGGCCCAAACGGCCAUCAGACAGGAGAGCAGUUACUGGAGAAUUUGUUUACUUUCACCGACGAGCUGCUGUCGGGUGGAAACAUUGCUGACGGGAAGAUGCUGAAUCAUUGUCUGGACGCGGUGGAGAACAGCAUGCGUCUGAUUGGACCUCAGCUGAAAGACCCUGUGACCAGGAUGGAGACGCACAACACCAUUGCUGAGGUUGCAGUCAUGCGGGGUCAGACUCCGCCCAGUGGGCGUGUCACUCUGAGCACAGACUCCGCCCUCUUCAGCACCAGCUGGGAAACAGUUGUAGGCAAAUCAUAUCCAGGUUUUGCGUUCGCGGCUCUGGUCAGUUAUAAAGAUCUGAACUCAUCCAGUGAUCUGCUCCACAAGAUGAGCAAUGAGAGAUCAGACGAUAAAGAGACAAGUGUCACUUAUCAACUCAACUCUAAAGUGGUGACAGCCGUCGUCAGUAAUGCAGAAACCAAGCAGCUGUCAGAGUCGGUGACGCUCGUCUUUAGACACGUGGAGGAAAGAGUCGAGUCUGAAGGCAUGGCUUACUCUUGUGUGUACUGGGAUGAGAUUGAGGGGGCGUGGUCUGGGCGGGGCUGUAAGGAGUCGUGGUCUAACAGCACUCAUACAGUGUGUUCCUGCUCUCAUCUCAGUAGUUUCGCUGUGCUCAUGGCUCUCUAUCCUGUCAAGGACUCGUUUGAUUUGGUGUUGAUCACACAAGUGGGUUUGGCUCUGUCUCUGGUCUGUUUGUUUCUCUGUAUUCUGACGUUCAAGUUCUGCCGCUCCAUCCAAGGAACCCGAACCAGCAUUCAUCUCCAUCUGAGCAUUUGUCUCUUCAUUGCAGACCUCGUAUUCCUCUGUGGGAUCACCAGUACUCACAAUCAGGUAGCGUGUGGGAUUGUGGCCGGUCUGCUUCAUUUCUUCUUCUUGUCUGCGUUCUGCUGGAUGCUGCUGGAGGGGGUUCAGCUCUACCGGAUGGUUGUGCUGGUGUUUCACACCACAUUAAAGCAUCUCUACAUGUGUGCGGUGGGAUACGGAGUCCCUCUCAUCAUCGUCACCAUCUCUGCCAUCGCCUUCCCAGCAGGAUAUGGGACCAGUAGACACUGCUGGCUCUCUCUCGAUCAUUACUUCAUCUUGAGUUUCUUCGUGCCCGUCUGCAUCGUCAUUAGCCUCAAUUGUUUCUUCUUCAUCAUCACUGUCUGGAAACUGGCCCAGAAGUUCUCCAGCCUCAAUCCAGACCUCUCCAGCCUCCACAAGAUCAGGAGUUUCACGGUGACCGCUGUGGCUCAGUUGUGUGUUCUCGGAGGAACGUGGGUCUUCGGCUUCUUCCUCUUCCAGGAGGACGGGACUGAAGUCAUGUUGUACCUCUUCACGAUUUUAAACAGCCUGCAGGGGGCGUUCAUCUUCAUCAUGCACUGCCUGCUGUCCAAACCGGUCAGGACGGAGUAUUACACCCUGUUUGUCCGAAUGUGUCCACAUAAGAAGAAAGUGGAAUACAGUACCAGCAGCAGUCAGAGACCUCUACGGAGCGAGAACAGCACAGGAGAGUCCAAGAUAUAAAGCACUUGUCGUAUUCUGAUUUUACCAACCCUUAAACACUUGAACAUUUGUGUAAAAAUUAAGAUUAUCCACAAAGCUUCAGUUUGACAGGAGGUCGUCAAUUCGUCCUCCUUAUUCCUGUCCAAUCAGAAGAUCUGAAAACUGCUGAACUUUAGAAAGAAUACUGAUAUUGGAUC